AUGCCUCUUUCCAAAUCCUUCUCUGAGCAGUCCAGAUUUCCAAAGGCAAAUGGUAUUCAACAGCAACGGCAAGCCCAAUGGCAGAGGGCAAAGUCUCACUCUGGCGCCAUCCCCUCCAAGCCGUCGACUCGGCCACCUGCCCCCGUCUCCGCCACCACCAAAAACAAGCUGUCAAAGUUCCAGUUCCAGAAACCCGUCAAUGAACAGUCCGAUACUUUCUCGGAUCUUGCUCCUAUCUCAGAGAAUCAAGACAAACCAUCAGCCAGGGAGUCCACUAGAAAAUUGGAAAAUGCCGAUUCCAACAAGGAAAACCUACAAAACGAGGGGUCGGAUCCUGCAGACACGGCAUCGCUACAUGGCCAACAGCACCGUGCCACAGUGACGCCCAUGAGCAGACUGACCUGGCAGGACCUCAUGGGUGUGACCGAUGCAGACAAGCAGGAAGAUGAUACCUCGCCCACCGAGCGCCUCCUUUGGCACAAUGAACGUGAUGAUGCCGCCGACAUGAUCUCGCCCCUCGUGCCGCGUCGGGGCAAAAAGCGCGCCCGAAGCUCAUCACCCAUCUCCUCCCCAGCCGGUGACAAAACACGAACUCCGGUUGUCAACGUCAAAAAGCUCAAGAAAGCCUUGAAGUCGGAGCAUGCAGACCCGGCACUUGACCUGUGGGAUCGCUUCGCUGUCGGCGGGGCUGCCGACAGUACGAGCCCACUGGGCGCUACAAACCCAGCCCUUGCCCACCUUAUGGUCUCCUCCUCCCCUCGGCCGCCAAAGGAUGGAGGUCCAAAUCACGCAGAAAGCAGUUUGAGAAGAGCAAUAAGUUGCGGUUCUCACUGGCCAAAACGCCGACGGGUCGAAAGUGCGUCGGAAUACCGGCCGGUCAAAGACGCAGGGGAAAAUGCCAAGUCCCUGAUGGUGUCAGCUCUUCUCGAGACAGUCAAUGGGGAAAUUAGUAAGACCGAGCGCACGGAGGAGGAACCCCCUGGCAUGGAGUCACCGUCGAUUAAGAAGAGACGAUCCCCAAAAAAACAGAGGCCAUUCCCUCACCCGCCAAAAUCACCGCAGCCAACCAAGUCGAAGAGCGCAGUAUCACCAGUACGGAGUGCCUCUCGCCAUGGGGUGAAGCAUGGCGCGAGAACACCAACCUCGGAUUAUGGAGAUGAUGAUUUCGACGACGAUACGCUUUUGGAGCUCGAUGUCUCCAUGCUUAGUGGGCAGACGGUGGCUAGAACCUUCUCAGGAGCGGCGGAGACUCUCACAGACGCGGAUAUGCAGGGGGCCGAGGGGCACUGUUCAAAGCAAGUGACGUCUUCAGAUGAUGAGUUUGAUGAUAUGGAUAACGAUUUAUUGGCCGCGGUGGAAGACAUGAUCGGGACCGUCGAUCCAGUCCUCACACAGCAACCCGCUCGGCCUCCCCCACCCAAACCAGUCCACCCUGAAGGUGGUACUGAAGAGGACGAUCAAUUUGGUGAUGACUUUGGCGGAGACUUUGAUUUCGAAGCCGCGGAGCUGGCUGCCACCCAGACAGCUGGCCAAGCAGAUUCAUCUUUAAUGCCCGUGAGUCACAAGCCAACUGCAAUCCAGCGAUACCUGGUGACCAAUGUGCUUGAAAACACAUACCCGGAUGAGCGCGGGCGAGAAGCGCCUGAGGCGAUCCUGAUUGUCCAAGCCGAGAGAUCCAAGACUACCAAGACUGUUCAUCUUCGGGGGGAUUGGGUCGACACUCCAGUUCAUCCCAAGUCUCACGUACAUAUCAUCGGCAGCUUUGGGCCCAAUGGCCAAUGCGUCAUCGACAAUAACCAAAACAUCCUGAUCCUCCACCCGGAUCAGUUGAUCUCGGCUACCGUUGUUGCCGACUCGUUCAGCUGCAUGCGUCGAGCUGUCUUGCAGGAUCGAGUAAAAGCUACCAGUGAGGCCUCUGCCCCCCUUGUAUACGGCACAAUUCUGCACGAAAUCUUCCAAGAGGCGCUUGUGGCAAAUACCUGGGACCAGACUUUUCUGAAUGGUGUGAUCGAGAAGACGAUGAAGAAACAUAUCGAGGACCUGUAUACCAUCAAGGUCAACUUCACCGAUGCUCGAGAGCACCUGUCCUCGAAGAUGCCCGAGCUACGAGGCUGGGCCGAGAAGUUUGUUUCUUCGUUCCCCAAGCCCGAUGCUGUCGCCCAUGGCCGGAACAACGAGAAGACUAGUGUAUGUGUCAGCAAGCUACUUGACAUCGAAGAACACGUCUGGUCACCAUUGUAUGGGCUUAAAGGCAACAUUGACGCCACAGUUCAAGUCACAGUCAAGAACAGCCAAGAGAGACGAACUCUUACUGUUCCGUUCGAAGUCAAGACUGGCAAAAAUGUCAGCGAGAGCCACCAGGCUCAGACAAUGUUGUACAACUUGCUGCUGUCGGACCGUUAUGACAUUGAGAUCGUCUAUGGAAUUCUAUACUACAUGGAAACAUCACUGACAAAGAUCAUCCCUGCCGUACGCAACGAGCUGCGCCACAUGAUCAAACAACGCAACCAGCUCGCCGUCUAUAUCCGCGAACGCAGUGUACAGCUUCCGCCGAUGAAGAACAGCAAGCACGCGUGUGGCAAAUGUUAUGCCCAGAACUCGUGCUUCACAUAUCACAAACUCGCCGACGAUGGAGAUGGGGACUCAAGCGGUCUGCAAGAGAAGUUUGACCAGGUUGUCAAACAUAUGACGCCAGUUCACAAGGAGUUCUUCCUGAAGUGGGAGGACCUGCUGACAAAGGAGGAGAAGGAGAGCCAGAAGCUCCGACGAGAGCUUUGGACGAUGCUGAGCGUGGAGCGUGAGAAGGUUGGCAGGUGCUUCGCCGACGUGAUUAUCGAGGAAGGUUCAGCCUCGGAGGAUGUCCACAGUCAGAAGAUCAACCGCUUUCACUAUGCGUUCGUCAAAGAAGAUGCGGCACCUGGUUUCUCCUUCGUGGAUUCCCAAAUCGCCGUGGGAGAGCCUAUUGUGGUGUCGGACGAGCAAGGGCAUUUCGCCUUGGCACUCGGUUUCGUUACAGCAGUCAGAAAGCAGCGGAUCAGUGUGGCCGUCGAUCGAAGACUUCAUAACGCCCGUAUACGGCAGCCUGGAUUCGACAGAAGAGACAAUCAGGUCUACGCCAGCAUCAUGGAGGUUGUGCCGGAAGGGGUGCCCUCCGACCAAUCGCAAGGCAAAAUCAAGGAGGCUCCGAUUCGGUAUAGACUGGACAAAGACGAGUUCAGCAACGGCAUGGCAUUGGUCCGGAACAACAUUGUGUCGAUCAUGACAAACGUACAAUUCGGGUCUGAGAAGAUCCGCCGGCUUGUUGUAGACUUGGAACCGCCUGCCUUUAAGGCAGCUGCGACGCAAUACACCAUAGCUGAUAAGGACAGCCUGAAUGUCGACCAAAAGAAGGCCAUCGAGAAGGUCAUGAGUGCCAAGGACUACGCUCUUGUUCUCGGUAUGCCCGGUACUGGCAAGACGACAACUAUAGCCCACAUUAUACGGGCAUUGGUCGCCCAGAAGAAGAGUGUCCUGCUCACCUCAUAUACCCACACGGCCGUUGACAACAUCCUCCUGAAGCUGAAGCUCGACGAUAUUCCCGUGCUCAGACUCGGUGCUCCUGCCAAAGUCCACCCCGAAGUCCAAGACUUUGCUAUACUGGCAGGACAGCCCAAGGAUACCUUCGAGGAGAUCCGCAGCGCCUGGCACGACACACCCAUCGUCGCAACGACUUGCCUUGGAACGAGCCACGCCAUCUUCAACGAGCGUACGUUUGAUUAUUGCAUCGUGGAUGAGGCGUCACAGAUCACGCUGCCAAUUUGCUUGGGCCCUAUCCGUAUGGCGCGCACGUUCGUUCUUGUCGGUGACCACAACCAGCUGCCGCCUCUGGUCCAGAAUGAGGAGGCCAGAAUCGGUGGCCUAGAUAUCAGUCUAUUCAAACUGCUCUCGGACACCCAUCCCGAUUCGGUCGUCAACCUGGAGCACCAAUACCGCAUGUCCGAGGAUAUCAUGACGCUCAGCAACACGCUGAUCUACGAGGGCCGACUGAAGUGCGGCACCGAGGAGCUGCGACUGCGUAAACUCGAUGUGCCCAACAUGGACGGCCUGCGCAGACACCACCACGAUGCCACAACUCUUGUCUCCUCCCAGACAAACUCGUUCUGCACGGGCAUGGGAGCGUGCUGGCUGCGCGACUUGGUGGAACCCGAGACACGCGUCAGCUUCGUCAACACCGACGCCCUGCCUUCCUCGCGGGAAGAAGCCAAGGGAAACCGCAUUGUCAAUCCGUGUGAGGCUCGCAUUGUCGUGCAGCUCGUGGACGCCCUGCUCAGCGUCGGUGUUCCGGCCUCCGAGAUUGGCGUGAUGACGCACUACCGCUCCCAGCUGUCAAUGCUCAAGCAUGGCCUUCGCGGCCACGGCGCCAACAGCGGGGGCAUCGAGAUGCACACGGCGGACCGCUUCCAAGGCCGGGACAAAGAGGUGGUCAUCCUGUCCCUCGUCAGAUCGAACGAGGCGUGCAGCAUUGGAGAUCUGCUGAAGGACUGGCGAAGGAUCAACGUCGCCUUCACCCGUGCCAAAACCAAGCUGCUCGUCGUGGGGAGCCGGAGCACUCUCAAGGGGAGCGGGUGCGAGGAGAUGCUGGCGCGGUUCAUCGGGUUGAUGGAGCAGCGGUGCUGGAUCUACGACCUGAAGCCGGAGGCGCUUGACGCGCAUUACUUCGAGGACGCGGGCACACAGCUCACGGCGACUGCAGCGACGGGGCUGGGCGGGAGUCCGCCCCAGAAGGCUAAGAAGGAACUGAAUACCACGGGCGUCCUCUGGAGCGAUGCUGGGAGGAAACAAGCUUUGCUGCCGCCAUUCAAGCAGCCCAAGAAGAAGAUCACGGGGGGCAGCCAGGGCGGGAAAGAGAACCAGCCGCCACAGGGCGCAGGGCCGAGGAGGGCCAAGAUUGAUGAGAGGGUGUUGCUCAAGGGGAAGCCAAAUCUGGCCAAUAUGCUGAGCGAGAUGACUGGGAAUACUUACUAG